GACCCGCGGGUGGCGUUGGCCGGGCGCGCCCAGAUCGAGGAGGCCCGCCGGCUGAUCGCGCUCGGCCCCGGGGCGUGCGACGCCGGCAGGCGCAGGCAUGCGCUGAAAGUGGUCGCGUCGACCACGCACCCCACCGGGUACGUCAUCCCGAGGCUGCUGAGGCCCGCGGCGUUCGCCUAUACGAACAUCCCGGUUGUGCUGGCCUCCCUGUUAUUCUGCAACAGCGCCGCCGGGAUCCUGAUCGUCCAAGUGGCGAACCAGUCCCUGAACGCCUGCUUCAACAUGGCGAACAGCGCCAGGGGCUUCGCCGACACCAGCAAGCGCGAGGCCCUCACCGACUUUGCCACCGCGCUGCUGCUGGGCUCGGGCGUCGCCAUUGCGGCCAGCUGGGUGCGGAGCAGACUGCCGUGGAGCGGCGGCCUCACCGGCGUGCUGGUCACCUACCUCGCCGUCGCGAGCGCCGGCUGUGCCAACAUGUGCUCCUCUCGGCGCGCCGAGCUCACGGACGGAGUCGUGGUGACGGACCAGGGCGGCAGCCCGAUCGGGGUCUCGAGGGCCGCGGGGCGCGCCAGCGUCCUGCGGGCCCUGGGCACCCGGUCGCUGCUGCUGCCCCUGGUGGCCCUGCUGGUGCCCGCGGCGCUCACGCGCGCCUGCGCCGCCGCGUGGCCCGCCCUGGCGGGGGUCGGCCCCGCCUCGCUGGCCCUGCAGACCGCCCUCAUCGCGCUCACCCUGCUCGUCGGCCUCCCGGCCUGCGUCGCGCUCUUCCCCGAGACGCUGAGGCUGCCGCUCGG